GUCUCUCGGUGUUCCUGUCAGUCAGUGCGUCCGCCGCCGGCUGCUGAGCGUCUCCCUACCCAUAUGCACGGAGUGAAGGUGCAGACAAGCAGCAGGAACGGCUGUGGGAUUUAUCAUUCGGCGUGAGUGAACACCUGGAUUACGAAACAGCAUUUUUGUUUUUCUUAUUUGUUUUCUUUUAUUAUUUUCGACUUCUGGGCUUGAGAAACAACCUGCCAUCAUGUUUCGGGGUCCAGAUGAUGUGAGCAAGCUUACCGAAAGUACAUACAAGAUUGUGAUGGAUCAGUUCAAUCCAGGCCUGAGGAACCUGGUCAACCUCGGGAAGAACUAUGAGAAAGCAGUCACAGCGAUGACUCUUGCUGGAAAGGCCUAUUUUGAUGCCGUCUCAAAGGUUGGACAGAAUGCUAUCGUGUCUCCAGUCUCCAGAGAGCUUGGUGUGGUUCUGAUGGAGAUCGCAGAUGCCCACAUGAAUGUCCAUAAUGAACUGGAAAAGAAUUUCAAGAGGUUCCACAGAGAUGUUAUUGUCGAGCUGGAGAAGAAGACAGAGAUGGAUGUUAAAUACAUGAAUGCCACCUUCAAGCGCUACCAGACAGAGCACAAGCUGAAGCAGGACUCCCUGGAGCGCUCUCAGACAGACCUGAAGAAGCUCAGGAGGAAAAGCCAAGGAAAGCACUCAUCCAAGUAUGAGAUCAAAGAGAACGAGUAUUUGGAGACCAUCUCGUCGCGCCAGAUGGACAUGCAGAAGUUCAUCACUGACGGCUGCAGAGAGGCCUUACUGGAAGAAAAGAGACGCUUCUGUUUCCUGGCGGACAAACACUGCAUGUUCUCCUAUCAAAUUGGCAACUUCCAUGAGAAAGCCAAAGAGAUGCUGGCCGUGAAUCUGCCCAGCUGGCAGGAAAAGUGCAGUGACAUCACCAAGGUGCCGGACACAGUGAUGACCAUGAUAGAGGGGCUGUACACCACUCCAGAACAAUCACCGCUGGUUGAACGCUACAACAGGAACAACAUGGAGUCAUCGGUGCCUCCUCCAGCACCGCCACUAAAGGCACAGAUCAGUCCGCUAGCCAACAUGUUCAACCCAGAGCCGAGAUCUCCACUCACCUCUACUUCAGACCACAACUCAGACCAGGGCAGUCUUGGAGAGGGCAGCCUGUCCCGGUCGACAUCCCAGUCGUCUGGUCUCAAUGUGAGCAGGAAGCCCAGAGUUAGGACCAUCUUUCCCCACACAGCGGGCAACAACCACACACUCCUUAGCUUCGACGACGGCGACAUCAUCAGCCUGCUCAUCCAAGAAGAGAAGGACGGCUGGCUGUACGGAGAGCUGGAGAAGACACAGCAGCGGGGCUGGUUUCCCUCAUCUUACUGCAGACCUUAUACUGAGCCAGUGAUAUCAAAUAGCAGCAAUCUGGGCACGCCGGUGCGUAGUCUGAGUGUGGCCAGUCUGCCAGAGCAGGAGGAGGAGCCGGUGUUGCUGCCACCACCAGACUACAGUGACAACGCCCCCUCUAGUCCAGUGGUCCUCUCAACGCCCUCGCCACAGGACAGGGUUUCUUUAGUCAAUGGGACUGCAAAGGCUCCCUUUCUAGGAGGAGGGAAUCCGUUCGCCACGGUCAAGCUGAGACCAACUGUCACGAAUGACAGAUCAGCGCCAGUCAUAUAACACAGAGGAGGAGGAUUUUCACCACUGUCAUGCCUUCAGGGGAAUCAUGCAACAUGAGACCCCUGCGACACACUGAAUAUUACCCCAACCUGACAUCUCACCAGCCUGCAUGCUAGUCUCUCUCAGUACCAGUCUGCUCGUGUGUUUUACUGUGCCAGUGUGUUUUACGUUAGCCACAACAGGGAAACAUUGCAUAAUCAACACAUGGAGAAGCAGGAAUUCUGAAAAGUUUUGUAGUGCAAAGAAAGUACUUUGUGGUAAAUUAAGUGUUAAAGUAAUAAUUCACCCCAAAAUUUUGACUUUGUCUAAUCUCUGAAAGUUGUAAACAAAUUGAUAAAUACAUUGUGUUUCCUGUGGCUGCUUCACAAUAAAAGCCGCCCCAUGUUUUGGCAGUUGAACAGUGAAGCAAUGGCAGUAGGCCCUUGUGCAUAGGCAAUCGGAAUCCAGCACGGGAAUGGCAGACUCCGCCACUACCAAUAAAAACUACUACAGGAUAUAGAGAGGUAACUACUGAAUGUAAAUACAUUAAAUGGCUAUUGCAGAAAAAUGCAGACCAUAUACUAUAGUAGCAAAAAUGAUGUUUGAUUUCAUGAAAAUUUUAAGAAUUAAUACAGGAAAUAAUUAAAACUUGUAAACAUUUUCAUCUCAGCCUUCUUCCAAAGUACUGAAAGGAGCUUCCAAGCUAAUUGAAAAUGGGAGUGUAAAAACCAAAAACUUUCCAGUUUCUCCAAAUUUCCUCAAAACAUCUUUCCACCACAAUCCAAGUGUUUUGUAGACAAUCAAAAAAGAGGGGGACCCAUCUGUUGAGUCUUUUGGCUGCCUGUAGGUCUACUGUAUUUGAAGAUGUAAACUGCCUUCAGCAUUGUAAUAGAAGGCAGAGAUCAACCUUUUGGGGCUUAUUGUGUGUCUGAUGGUCCCACAAAUACCAAGAGUUUCUACUAACAUGCUAACAAGGAGAUAAAACCUGAAUCUUCACUUUGGGGUGAACUGUCCCUUUAAGAUAGUUUCUGUAAGAGGAAAAGAGCUGCUCAGACAGUGUCAUAAGGUCUUUUCAGGCUUGUUUGUACUGCAGUCAGUGCAGUGUUUGAAUGCAGAAUGAAGAGAUCCAGAUGUAAAUGAUAGACCAGCACCCAGACUGUCUUCCUGACUUGCCAAAAAAUAUAUUGUUAUUUCUAUUUUUGUUAAUUAUUUUUGCCUUUCUUUUUUUUGAGGCAUUGUGAUAUACAACGGUUGUGAGAAUGAAGGGAGAGUGACGUGUUGAGAAAAGGGUUUGUCAUUUGAGUGAAGGCAAAACAGUAUGUCACUGUUUAAAAUGAGAAGGCUAUUUAUAUACAUUAAGUUUGUAUGAGAUAUUUAAAUAAAAUAUGUAUACAGAAGUUCAUUCUAUGAAAGUGCCCCUUUCAAUACAAUAGCCACUGUGCUCAUGAUCCCACACUGAUUUUGAUUUAACUGCUGAUAUGUUUUUUAAAUGGGCAAAAUGACCUUUUGAUGAUGGGAAUAUUUUUCACUCCUCAUGGUUUCACUGCUGUUUAAUGUAGAUUCUGUGUACAGUGCACAGUUUAUGCAAAAUAAAAAUGUACCUUACUAGUAGACAUUUGUAUUGUAUGAAUACAGUGGGUCAUUGUCUGAAAUCUACAAAGUAUUAACUGUUUUGUGAGGAAAUUUUUUGUCAUGUAUUUGCUUUACAGAAUGUAAAUGUAAAUGAGGAACUGAUUGAUGGAACAGUUUAUUGAUCCUCAUAGACCCACUGAUGUUAAGUGUGUAAGUGAACCCAUCAUACUGACAAAGUUAUUGCCUCGUGCUUUCUUCAGAGUACCUUUCCACUGUUGACCAAUGUAGUCUUUUUUUUUUUCUCAAUAAAACAAGGUAAAGUAAAACUCUGCAUAA